AUGGCGGACGAGACUAUCGCUCGUCAACUUCGUUACGAACCCCGCGCUGUCACACUAGAUGAGGAGAAAGAUCCCAAAGUUUUCCAGUCACCAAAUUCUUUUGAAGAUGGCAGUCUUUCACCACGCAAUUCCCCAAACGAGUUCGAACAAGAUCGGGCUACACAAGGAAGCAAAAAGUUUAAUCGACUUGGCUGGAAACGCCUGACCAUUUGCCUGAUCGUGGAAGCCAUCGCUUUGGGCAGCCUGAGUCUUCCUGCAGCGUUUUCAACGCUAGGCAUGGUUGCGGGAGUCAUUUCUUCUAUUGUCAUCGGUCUCAUCGCCACUUAUGCUGGCUAUAUUGUUGGAGCCGUGAAGAUCAAAUAUCCAGAGAUUGAGAAUUAUCCCGACAUCGGGAGGUUGCUGCUCGGAGAGACAGGUUUUUGGAUUAUAACCUGUGCCUUUGUGGUUGGGAUAAUGCUAGGCGUGGGCUCUCAUUGUCUGACAGGUAUUAUUGCCUUUGUGCGGAUCACUGAAAGUGAUAUCUGCACAGUGAUCUUUGGGUUGAUCUCAACUAUCAUCCUACUAUUGGCUGCUAUUCCACCAUCUUUUGCCGACCUUGCUAUACUGGGCUACAUUGAUUUUGCAUCAAUUAUCAUAGCCAUCAGUAUCACCAUAAUUGCCACGGGAAUACAAAGCUCUAAAAGUCCGGGUGGUCUAUCAAGCCCAACAUGGUCAGCCUGGCCCAGGGAGGACGCCGAUUUCCCCAAAGUGAUGGUUGCUCUCAACAAUAUUGUCUUCGCCUACUCGUUUGCGCCUACCCUGCCAUCAUUUAUGGCCGAAAUGCAUACACCGAAAGAUUAUGUCAAGUCAGUCUACGCUAUUGGACUGAUCGAGAUUGUUCUUUACACUCUGAUCGGUUCUCUUGUCUUUUACUUCGUUGGUCAGGAUGUGCAGUCCCCUGCAUUGCUCUCAGCUGGACCUCUGAUCUCCAGAAUCGCCUUCGGUGUUGCCCUGCCUGUCAUUUUUAUCUCCGGCUCAAUCAAUACCUCUGUGGUUGCUCGAUACAUUCACGGUCACAUCUAUCGAGACUCCGUCGUGCGUUAUGUGAAUACGAAAACGGGCUGGGCUACCUGGAUCGCCCUCGUGACUGUCCUGACUUUGAUCUCAUGGAUUCUUGCCGAAGCUAUCCCUGUGUUUUCGGAUAUGUUAUCUAUCACAGCUGCCUUACUCAAUUCGGGCCUCUGCUUUUAUGUUCCUGCUGUCAUGUGGUUUUUCCUUCUGAAAGAAGGUAGUUGGUUCUCAAGGAAGAAUAUUCGAACUGCGUUCUACAAUGGAGUCGUGUUUCUGCUUGGAAUUGGAAUUCUUGUUUGUGGCAUGUACGCCAAUAUUCUGAACUUGAUUGAAGAGUCCAAGACUGGAAUUGUUGGUCGUCCCUUCGCAUGUUCGGUGGCUGAGCUGGCUUAG